UUAAACCCUCAAAUCUAUUAUCACUUUCUCACUCUUCUUCUCUCAAAUCCAUUUUCUCCCAAAAUCAAGUUUUCAUCCGAUCAGAAAAUGAGUUCCACUGGAACAACCAAAGGUGGAAGAGGCAAACCAAAGGCUGCCAAAUCAGUUUCCAGAUCUUCAAAGGCAGGUCUUCAAUUCCCCGUCGGAAGAAUCGCCAGAUUCCUCAAGGCCGGUAAAUACGCCGAACGUGUUGGUGCCGGAGCUCCUGUCUAUCUCUCCGCCGUCCUUGAGUAUCUCGCUGCUGAGGUUUUGGAAUUGGCUGGAAAUGCCGCUAGGGACAACAAGAAGAACCGUAUUGUACCAAGGCACAUUCAGCUUGCUGUUAGAAACGAUGAAGAACUCAGCAAGCUUUUAGGAACUGUGACCAUUGCUAAUGGUGGUGUUCUGCCCAAUAUUCAUCAGACUUUGCUUCCUAAGAAGGUUGGAAAGGGCAAAGGAGAAAUUGGAUCUGCUUCUCAAGAAUUUUAGGGUUUCUUAGUUCCGUUCUGAGCAGUUAUAUCUUAUCUUUCUUCAUAUGUAGCAUAAAUGAUAAAUUUCUAUCUCAUUACUCCGAUAAUGAAAAGGAUAAUAUUGAACAAUGAAUUCGUUUUUUUCUAUCUCA